AUGGAAACCAAUGGAAGGUUAAGGUACUUUUAGAAUGUUGCCUCAGAAUUGUUUUCCUCCUCUCACUGUGAUUAGUGUAUGCUCCUCACCCAGUGCUGCAUAAAGUGUCGCUGUAGCUGCUGUACAGGACAUUACAAUUGGGGGUAAAUAGUGUGACUGAGGUAAAUAUUAAAAUUUCCUUCAGAAAGCAUGCCGUCUGCAGGGCAACAUCCUCUUCACGGGAUGCUCUGGAUGCUUUCAAAUAUAUUGGGGCAUGUGAGCGCAUGCACACUCAGGUAAUCCAACAUGCACGCGCUUAUCUGGCACUGCCAGGGUUAACCUGAUUUAAAUGACAUGCCCUGGCUGUGGCCCAGACCGACCAUAUAAAUCUUAUAUGAAAACUACUGAGUAUUUUAGAGAAAUUAUAGCACAAGCCAUAGCUUUUCCUUAAGUAUAGGACUGUAUUAAUCUCUCCGCAGUAACAGUUCCACUUUCCGAGUGUUAAGCUGUUAGUUCAGUAAAUAUGUGAAUCCUCUGAUAAACAAACGGCUCUGACAUUUACUCACCACCAGACUCCACUUGCCCAGCUGGAUGGGAUGACUUCUAUAAAAAGAAACCUCUUCAUGCUUUUUAAAUAUCCCGUUACCGAGCAGUGAAUGCGACCAGCGGGCCGAUAACAAACCCUCCACAUCAAAACAGGUAAAAUCUCACUAUUUCAGCCUUAAAUCACACGUUAUUUACCAGCAGAUCUCAUGAAACAAACUCAGGGGUUAUUGUGAAUCCGGGAUCUGACUAUUUCAUGGAGUCCAGCUGCUGUCUUUGCAGCAGGAUCUGGUUCUCUUAAAACCUGCUGCUCCUAAAUCUACAAGUUCAAAAUAUUGUGCGUCAUAACUGGGAUACUGUAAGAGCACUCCACUUGGAAAAGCACAACCAAUAAUGUUGGUCUUUAUUUGCAUUGAUUCACUUUUAAUAUGUGUAAUUGUUAUAUUAGUGACAAUGAACCGAAUUGGCACCUUAAUAGUGCUGCACUGAUAACGCGGCCUCUACGCCUUCAUUAAUAAUGACACAAGAAAGAGAUUAUGGGAGGAUUUGACGUCUGUGAGUGAGGUCACCUGUUUAUAAUAUGAUUUUGCACAUAGCUUCAACUAUACACCACUAUGCACAGAGACAGGGACAGUGGACAUCCUUACACCAUAACCUUAUAGUUCAGUUAUAAUACACUGUGUGUGGGGAGACAGAGGACCUCCUUACACCAUAACCUUAUAGCUGCAGUUAUAAUACACUGUGUGUGGGGAGACAGGGGACCUCCUUACACCAUAACCUUAUAGCUGCGGUUAUAAUACACUGUGUGCAGGGAGACAGGGGGCCUCCUUACACCAUAACCUUAUAGCUGCAGUUAUAAUACACUGUGUGCAGGGAGACAGAGGACCUCCUUACACCAUAACCUUAUAGCUGCAGUUAUAAUACACUGUGUGCGGGGAGACAGGGGACCUCCUUACACCAUAACCUUAUAGCUGCAGUUAUAAUACACUGUGUGCGGGGAGACAGGGGACCUCCUUACACCAUAACCUUAUAGCUGCAGUUAUAAUACACUGUGUGUGGGGAGACAGGGGACCUCCUUACACCAUAACCUUAUAGCUGCAGUUAUAAUACACUGUGUGCAGGGAGACAGGGGGCCUCCUUACAUCAUAACCUUAUAGCUGCAGUUAUAAUACACUGUGUGUGGGAGACAGGGGACCUCCUUACACCAUAACCUUAUAGCUGCAGUUAUAAUACACUGUGUGUGGGGGAACCUUAUAGCUGCAGUUAUAAUACACUGUGUGCGGGAGAGACAGGGGACCUCCUUACACCAUAACCUUAUAGCUGCAGUUAUAAUACACUGUGUGUGGGGAGACAGGGGACCUCCUUACACCAUAACCUUAUAGCUGCAGUUAUAAUACACUGUGUGCGGGGAGACAGGGGACCUCCUUACACCAUAACCUUAUAGCUGCAGUUAUAAUACACUGUGUGCGGGGAGACAGGGGACCUCCUUACACCAUAACCUUAUAGCUGCAGUUAUAAUACACUGUGUGCGGGGAGACAGGGGACCUCCUUACACCAUAACCUUAUAGCUGCAGUUAUAAUACACUGUGUGUGGGGAGACAGGGGACCUCCUUACACCAUAACCUUAUAGCUGCAGUUAUAAUACACUGUGUGUGGGGAGACAGGGGACCUCCUUACACCAUAACCUUAUAGCUGCAGUUAUAAUACACUGUGUGUGGGAGACAGGGGACCUCCUUACACCAUAACCUUAUAGCUGCAGUUAUAAUACACUGUGUGUGACAGGGGAACCUUAUAGUUGCAGUUAUAAUACACUGUGUGCGGGGAGACAGGGGACCUCCUUACACCAUAACCUUAUAGCUGCAGUUAUAAUACAUUGUGUGUGGGGAGACAGGGGACCUCCUUACACCAUAACCUUAUAGCUGCAGUUAUAUUACACUGUGUGCGGGGAGACAGGGGACCUCCUUACACCAUAACCUUAUAGCUGCAGUUAUAAUACACUGUGUGUGGGGAGACAGGGGACCUCCUUACACCAUAACCUUAUAGAUGCAGUUAUAAUACACUGUGUGUGGGGAGACAGGGGACCUCCUUACACCAUAGCCUUGUAGCUGCAGUUAUAAUACACUGUGUGGGGGACCUCCUUACAGGGGAUCUCCUUACACCGUAACCUUAUAGCUGCAGUUAUAAUACACUGCAUGCUGGGAGACAGGAGACCUCCUUACACCAUAAUCUUAUAGCUGCAGUUAUAAUACACUGUGUGCGGGGAGACAGGGGACCUCCUUACACCGUAGCCUUAUAGCUGUAGUUAUAAUACACUGUGUGCGGGGAGACAGGGGACCUCCUUACACUGUAGCCUUAUAGCUGCAGUUAUAAUACACUGUGUGCGGGGAGACAGGGGACCUCCUUACACCGUAACCGUAUAGCUGCAGUUAUAAUACACUGUGUGAGGGGAGACAGGGGACCUCCUUACACCGUAACCUUAUAGCUGCAGUUAUAAUACACAGUGUGCGGAGAGACAGGGGACCUCCUUACACAGUAACCUGAUAGCUGCAGUUAUAAUACACUGUGUGCAGGGAGACAGGGAACCUCCUCAUACCAUAACCUUAUAGCUGCAGUUAUAAUACACUGUGUGCGGGGAGACAGGGGACCUCCUUACACCAUAACGUUAUAGCUGCAGUUAUAAUACUCUGUGUGCUGGGAGACAGGGGACCUCCUUACACCAUAACCUUAUAGCUGCAGUUAUAAUACACUGUGUGUAUUAUGAUCAACCAACUUCAGUUUGAAUUCCGCGCUCGUCACUCUGUCAAAAAAGCUGUGACCAAAGUAUCCAACGACUUAAAGGGACACUAUAGUCACCUGAACAACUUUAGCUUAAUGAAGCAGUUUUGGUGUAUAGAACAUGCCCCUGCAGCCUCACUGCUCAAUCCAGGGCCGUCUUUAACGCGGGGCAAACAGGGCAGCUGCCCCGGGCCCAAUUACUCCUGGGCGCCUAAGGCAGCUGUCCCGUGGGCACCGCUGCCCUAAAAAAAUAAAUAAAAUAAAAUAAAAUAAAUGUUUCCCGGCCGCUUUAGGGGGCCCCCGCACUGUAAGGAGUCCAACCAGGUGGCCCAUGCACUUAGGGCUACCCAGUGGGCUUGUACCAGCAGGGGCACGGUCGGGCGCUGUGGCCCUUUAACAGCGCAACCGGGCCUCUUGCUUUUCGGCAGCGCUGUGAGGAAGUGAGUGCCAAGCGUACCUUCCUCCCAUAAAGAGCUGCUGCGCGGGAGAAGAAGGACCUGCACGGGAGGGAGGAGGAGGAGGCAGUGAGGAUGGGGGCUCCUCACGUACAUCAUCCUCAGGCAGUACACUGGAUCCCAGGGAUGCCACUCUCCAGCAAAAGGUAGGAAACUGGAGGGUGGGCUUAAAAUGUAAAUUUUACAUGUAUGUCAGUUUGUCUGUCCAUGUAUCUGUGUGUGUCAGAUAGUGUGUGUGUGUGUGUGUGUGUGUGCCAGCAUGUCUGAUAGUGUAUGUGUGUGUGUCAGUAUGUCUGAUAGUGUGUCUGUGUGUGUCAGUAUGUCUGUGUGUAUGUCAGUAUGUCUGAUAGUGUAUGUGUGUGUGUGUAUGUCAGUAUGUCUGACAGUGUAUGUAUCCCGUGUGUGUGACAGUAUGCCUAUUUGUGUGUGUGUGUCAGCAUGUCUGUCAGUGUAUGUAUCUGUGUGUCAGUAUGUCUAUCAGUGUGUCAGUAUGUCUGCCAGUGUAUGUGCCUGUGUGUCAGUAUGUCUAUCAGUGUAUGUGUCUGUGUGUGUCAGUAUGUCUGCCAGUGUAUGUGCACCUGUUGUGUGUGUGUGUGUGUGUGUGUGUGUCAGGCACAUACACUGAUAUACAUACUGACACAGGCACACUGAUAGACAUACUGACACACACAGGCACCUACAAUGACAAACAUACUGACACACAGAUACAUACACUGACAGACAUUCUGACACACACACUGAUAGACAUACUGACACACACACGCACAUAUACAGACAUACUGACACACACACACACACACAAAGGCACAUAUACUGAUAGAUAUACUGACACACACACUGGCACAUAUACAGACAUACUGACACACACACAGCCGCAUACGCUGAUAGAGAUACUGUGUGUUUGUUAGUAUGUCUGUAUAUGUGCCUGUGUGUGUGUGUGUGUCAGUAUGUCUAUCAGUGUUUGUGCCUGUGUGUGUGUCAGUAUAUGUAUCUAUGUGUCAGUAUGUUUGUCAUCGUAUGUGCCUGUGUGACAGUUUGUGUCAGUGUGUGUGUCAGUAUGUCUAUCAUUGUAUGUAUUUAUGUGUGUCAGUAUGUCUCAGUUUAUCUAUCUGUGUAUCUGUAUGUGUCUGUGUGUUUAUCUGCUACAUACAACCCUGCAAGCAUGGGAAAUGGGUAGAGCCCCAGCUGUCAAUGCAUUGUUGGAGUUGCACGACAGAUAGGGUUCUACCUUCUUUCCAACCUUGCAAUUGGGGGUCCAAAUUAAAUUCUUGCACCAGGGCUCUUUCUUCUUUAGUUCGCCCACUGCGUUUGGGUGGAGGCGUGAUUGCAUGCCAGGGAGUGGGUCCAGGGGGCCCAAGCAAAUGCUUGCCCAGGGCCCAAUUAAUAUUAAAGACGGCCCUGGCUCAAUCCUCUGCCAUUUAGGAGUUAAAUUCCUUUGUUUAUGAACCCUAGUCACACCUCCCUGCAUGUGACUUGCACAGCCUUCCAUAAACACUUCCUGUAAAGAGAGCCCUAUUUAGGCUUUCUUUAUUGCAAGUUCUGUUUAAUUAAGAUUUUCUUAUCCCCUGCUAUGUUAAUAGCUUGCUAGACCCUGCAAGAGCCUCCUGUAUGUGAUUAAAGUUCAAUUUAGAGAUUGAGAUACAAUUAUUUAAGGUAAAUUACAUCUGUUUGAAAGUGAAACCAGUUUUUUUUUUUCAUGCAGGUUCUGUCAAUCAUAGCCAGGGGAGGUGUGGCUAGGGCUACAUAAACAGAAACAAAGUGAUUUAACUCCUAAAUGACAGUGAAUUGAGCAGUGAAACUGCUUUAUUUAGCUAAAGUAAUUUAGGUGACUAUAGUGUGCCUUUAAUCGCUGCUAAAUCCCGCGGCUAUUAUUCUAUCCUAACUCUCCUUGACCUUUCUGCUGCUUUUGUUGAUCAUCAACAGUUUAUUCUCAUCCUCCGUAACCUCGGUCUACGGAAUACUGCUUUCUCCUAUUGAAACACAGUAGACAUGUGCAAUUCGUUUUGUUCCGAAUGUUAAUUCGGACGAAUUUCGGGAAAUUCGAACAUUUGGAUACUUCCGAAUGUCCGAAUAGCUGAAUUGCCGAAGUGUUGAAGUUCUGAAGCACAGAAUUGCCGAAGUACUAAUAUACCCAGUGGAAGAAUUAAGAAUUUUACACUGUAUAGCAGCUUAAAUAAAAAGUAUACAAACAUAGCCAGGAUUCAGCUGUAAGCAUUUGCGUCACUUACAACAAUCAAGUAACACAUUUAUAUAAAAUGCAAGUUACUUAGCCAGUCAAUGGAUGGGAAUGAAUAAGUAGAUAACUCCCUAAGUCCCACGGUAUUAGGGAUUUAUCUACUAAAUGGCUGAAGGACCUAAAUUGGUCUUUCAGCCAAAUUUACUAAUACUAUGUAAAGAUGACUUAGUAUUAGUAAAUUCUGCCCCUACUCGCUAUACCACGAGUAGGGGCAUGUCUAGUAAACAGUGAGCAGCCAAAAUUCCGAAUUGCGGAAGUCCAGAAUUUCGGAAUGCCGAACCAAAUAUUUUCCCCAUGCACAUCUCUAAAACAUAGAAACAUAGAAUGUGACGGUAGAUGAGAACCAUUCGGCCCAUCAAGUCUGCCCAAUUUUUAAAAUACUUUCAUUAGUCCCUGGCCUUAUCUUAUAGUUAGGAUAGCCUUAUGCCUAUCCCACGCAUGCUUAAAUUCACUCACGGUGUUAACCUCUACCCCUUCAGCUGGAAGGAUAUUCCAUGCAUCCACUACCCUCUCAGUAAAGUAAUACUUCCUGAUAUUAUUUUUAAACCAUUGCCCCUCUAAUUUAAGACUAUGUCCUCUUGUUGUGACGUAAAUAUUCCGUCAUGAUUCCCUUUUAUUUCUGAAGUUGUGUCCUUAAGGGGUUAAAUAAAGUCUCCUCCUUUACUGUGUUGGUUCCUUUUAUGUAUUUAAAUGUUUACUAUCAUAUCCCCCCUGUCUCGUCUUUCCUCCAAGCUAUACAUGUUAAGUUCCUUUAACCUUUCCUUGUAAGUUUUAUCCUGCAAUCCAUGGACCACAUUAGUUGCCCUUCUCUGAACUCUCUCUAAAACUCUGAACUCUAUCAAUAUCCUUCUAGAGAUACGGUCUCCGGUACCGCGUACAAUACUCCAAAUUAGGACUCAUCAGUGUUCUGUACAAUGGCAUGAGAACUUCCCUCUUUCUACUGCUAAUACCUCUCCCUAUACAACCAAGCGUUCUGCUAGCAUUUCCUGCUGCUCUUUUACAUUGUCUGCCUACCUUUAAGUCAUCAGAAAUAAUCACCCCUAAAUCCCUUUCCUCAGAUGUUGAGGAUAGGACUCUAUCAAAUAUUCUGUGUACUCUGCCCUUGGGUUUUCACAUCCAAGAUGCAUUAUCUUGCACUUAUCCACAUUAAAUUUCAGCUGCCAAAGUUCUGACCAUUUUUCUAGUUUACCUAAAUAAUUUGCCAUUUGUCUUAUCCCUCCUGGAACAUCAACCCUGUCACAUAUCUCAGUAUUACCAUGGAGACCUUCUGCAAUAUCACUAAUAAAAAUAUUAAGGAGAAUGGGUCCAAGUACAGAUCCCUGAGGUACCCAGCUGGUAACAAGACCAUGUUUCGAAUAUACUCCAUUGACUACAACCCUCUGUUGCCUGUCACUCAGCCACUGCCUUACCCAUUCAACAAUAUUGGAAUCCAAACUUUAAGAUUGCAAUUUAUUGAUAAUCCUUCUAUGUGCAACUGUGUCAAAGGCCUUACUGAAAUCUAGGUAAGCAAUGUCUACUGCACCACCCUGAUCUAUUAUUUUAGUUACCUAAUCAAAAAAAUCAAUAAGAUUAGUUUGGCAUGAUCUCCCUGAAGUCACCCCAUGUUUUCUCUGAUCUUGAAAUCUAUGUGAUUUUAGAUAUUCAACAUGGUUUCCAUCACUUUCCCCACUACUGGAGUAAGGCUUACUGGCCUAUAGUUGCCCGACUCCUCCCUAUUACCUUUCUUGUAAAUGGGCACAACAUUCGCUAACUUCCAAUCUUCUGGGACUACUCCUGUUAACAAUGAUUGGCUAAAUAAAUCUGUUAAUGGUUUUGCUAGUACACCACUAAGCUCUUUUAAUAACUUUGGGUAUAUUCCAUCAGGUCCCAUUUACUUAUUGGUCUUUACUUUUGACAAUUGAAAUAGAACCUCUUCCUCUGUAAACUCACAUGUAACAAAUGACUCAUUUGUCCUUUUUCCUAACUGAGGUCCCUUUCCUUCAUUUUCAUCUAUAAAUACUGAACAAAAAUAUUAAUUGAGGCAGUCAGCUAGACCUUUAUCCUCUUCUACACACCUUCCUUCUUUUGUUUUUAAUCUAACUAAUCCUUGUUUUACUUUCCUUUUCUCAUUUAUGUAUCUAAAAAAUGUUUUGUCCCCUUUUUUUACUGACUGUGCUAUUUUCUCUUCUGUGUGUGAUUUGGAAGCUCUUAUAACUUGCUUAGCCUCUUUCUGCCUAAUCUUAUAGAACAUUUUGUCUCCCUCACUCUGGUUUUUUUUAUAAUUUCUAAAUGCUAACUUUUAGUUUCUUACUAUUUUGGCCACAUCUGCGGAGUACCACAGUGGUUUCUUAAUUUUUUUGCUUUUACUGACAAGCCUAAUGCAAUUUUCUGUUGGCUUCAGCAGUGCAACUUUUAAAUAAUCCCAUUUCUUUUGGACUCCAAUUAAAUUGCUCCAGUCUGAUAAUAACUCCUUUACACAUAUUCUAAUGUUAGAAAAGUCUGUUUUUCUAAAGUCUCAAAUUUUUGUGUGGUGUGACUCAGUCACUGUUCUUAUAUUAAACCACACUGACUGAUGAUCACUGGAUCCUAAUCUUACUGUAAUAUUUGGUACCAAAUCUCCAUUUGUUAACACUAAAUCUUGUAUGGCCUCCUUACAAGUUGGCUCCUCAACAAAUUGUUUAAGAGACAAUCCCAGUAGGGAGUUUACUCUUACCUCUCCCAGUGCUCUUUCAUUGUUUCUUUCUCUACCUCUGCCUCUUCUACCCAACCCCUCUCUGUUGGUGGUCCUCAAGGUUUGGUCCUUGGUCCCCUACUGUUCUCAAUCUAUACUGCCUCCCUUGGUAAACUCCGCUAGUAGUAAAGACUGGGCAGUGAUUUCUAAGACAGGCCGCUGGUAGUGGAGACUGGGCAGCCAUUGUUAAGACAGGCCACUGGUAGUGGAGACUGGGCAGGGAUUGCUAAGACAGGCCGCUGGUAGAGGAGACUGGGCGGUGAUUGCUAAGACACACUGCUGGUACCAGCAGCCUGUCAUAGCAAUCACUGCCCAGUUUCCACUUCCAGCGGUCUGUCUUAGCAAUCACACCCAGUCUCCACUAACAGCGGCCUGUCUUAGCAAACACUGCCCAGUUUCCACUUCCAGCGGUCUGUCUUAGCAAAUGCUGCCCUGUCUCCACUACCAGCAGCCUGUCUUAGCAAUCGUUGUCCAGUCUCCACUACAAUUGGUCUGUCUUAGAAAUUGCUGCCCAAUCUCCAUUAUCAGCAGCCUGUUUUAGCAAUUGCUGCCCAAUCUCCACUACUAGUGGUCUGUCUUAGCCCUGUCUCCAUUACCAGAGGCCUGUCUUUUUAAUCUCUGCCCAGUAUCCACUACCAGCAGCCUGUCAUAGCAAUCACUGCCCAGUCUCCAAUACCAGCAGUCUGUCUUAGCAAUCACUGCCCUGUCUCUGUUACCAGAGGCUUGUCAUAGCAAUUAUUGCCCAGUCUCCCCUACCAACGGCUUGUCUUAGCAAUCACCGCCCAGUCUCCACUACCAGCGACCUGUCUUAGCAAUCGCUGCCCAGUCUCCACUACCAACGGCCUGCCUUAGCAAUCACUGCUUAGUCUCAACUACCAGCGGCCUGUCUUAGCAAUCUCUGCCCUGUCUCUACUAUCAACUACCUGUCUUAACAAUCCCUGCCCAGUCUCCACUACCAGUGGCCUGUCUUAGCAAUCGCUGCCUAGUCUCCACUACCAGCAGCCUGUCUUAGCAUCACUGCCCAGUCUCCACUACCAGCAAAGAUAACCAUGGGAGGCAUUAUAGAUCGAGAACAGUAGGGGACCAAGGACAGAAUCUUGGGGAACACCAACAGAGAGGAGUUGGGAAGAAGAGGCAGAGCCAGAGAAAGAAAAAAGCACUGGGAGAGGUAGGAGGAGCACCAGGAGAGAGCAGUAUUCAGUAGACCGAGAUUACGGAGGAUUAGAAGAAGCUGUUGAUAAUCAAAAGUGUUAAAAGCAGCAGAAAGGUCAAAGAAAAUUAGGAUAGAGUGUUAACCGCGAGAUUUACCAGCGAUUAAUACUUUGGUCACAGCUGUUUCGACACAGUGACAAGCGUGGAAUCCAGAAUGAAGUGGGUAAAGCAGAGAGUUGGAUUUUAGGAAGUCUGUCAAUCUUGUUUACACAACUCUUUCAAGGAUCUUGGAGGCAAAUGGCAGUAACGAGAUAGUGUGGUAGUUGGGUGGGGAGUUGUGGUCAAGGUUGGGUUUUUUCAGAAUCGGGGUUAUGGUUGCAUGUUUGAAGGAUGAAGAAAACAUGGCAGAGGAAAGGGAGAAAAUGAAAAUUUAGUGAGAGGGAGAGCAAGAAGAAGACAGAGUGUAGAUGAGAUAUGAGGGAAUAGGAUCAAGGGAAGGGUGGUGGGGCAAGAGGACCAGAGCAGAGCCCGCUUCAACUGUAGCGGAAGCAAAUUUGAAUAGAACAGCAGAGGAAGUGGGGUUGGGGGAGGUAUUGGAAGAUGUAUUGGAAGUGGAGUGAGGGAGAUCUCUUCAUUGAUUGUUGAAAUCUUCUAAGUGAACUGAGUUGCAAAGUUUGUGGCAGAAAAGGUGGAAGUAGGAGGGGGAGCAACAGGGCGAAGAAGAGCAUUUAAAGUGUUAAAUAUGCAUUUGGGUUUGCGGGAGAGUGUGCUUAUGAGGGUGUUGAAGUAGUUUACUUUUGCAGAGGAAAGAGCCACAAUGUAGGAGCGCAGCAUAAAUUUAUAGUGGAGUAAGUCAGAUGCAGAGCGAGGCUUUCUCCAGCGGCGCUCAGCAGUUCUGGAACAUUUUUGGAAGUAUCGAGUCAGCUAGGUGUGUUGUAAUUGUGCUUUCUGCAUUUAACUGUAGGAUGUGCCAUGAUGUCUAGUUGAGAGGAGAGAGUGGAGUUAUAGAGUGAGGUUGCAGAGUAAGGGCAGGUGAGAUUUGAGAUGGGUAAAAGGAGAGUUUGGAGGUUAGUGGAAAAUUGCUGGAGGUAAAGGCAGUGGAGGUUUCUGCAAGAAUGGUGAGUUGAGGGUGGUAUAAUUAGGAUAUGGGGUAUGCCGAUGUCAAAGGUCAUCAGAUGGAGGUCAGACAAAGGAAAUGGAACAUUGGAGAGAUUAGUGGCAAUGCAGAGAUUGAUAAAGAUGAGAUCAAUAGUGUUUCCUGCUGUAUGAGUUUCUGAAGUAGACCACUAGCCUCACUGUGUGAGGCCAAAGAAGGAGGUUAUGGAGAGCAGACGGGAGGCAUAAGGGAAGUUGAGGUUGUUGAUUGGGAUGUUAAAGUCCUAAAGUAUAAGGGUAGGAGUGCUAGAGGAGAGAAAGUGGGGUAGCCAGGAAGAAAAGUAUUCAAUAAAUAGCCUAUGGUGACCAGGGAGCCGAUAGAUGAUGGCAAUUCUUAAAGAACUUAAAUAGGUGCACAGUGUGAACUUCAAAGGAAGUAAAAUAUAGGGCAGGGGCAGAUAGGAUAGGUUGAAAGGUACAUUUAGGGGACUGAAGGAUGCCUACACCGCCUCCUUCACAGUUGAGUCUGGGAGUAUGGGAGAAUUGUAGUCCACCGAAACAAAGAAGCUGGAGUAGUGGUAUCAGAGGGAGACAGCCAGUCUCAAUGAGUGCUAGUAGUGUGAGGGAAUUGGAGAUGAAAGGUUGUGUAUGGCUGUUGAUUUAAUAUCACACUGAAUGUUGGUAGAGGAGGAUAAACUGCAGGGUAUUGGGAUAAUGUGUUUUCUGGAAGUCUUGUGUGAGCAAUGGUCCUGGGUUGGAAGAGAGAACACCAUCUGCUAGAAGUAGGAGGAGAGCUAAUGAUGUAUGAACUGCCUCUGUGCAGUCUGGGCGACUCAAUCUUGGGUAUAAUUAGGACAGAUGUGUUGUUUUGGAAACUUGAGAUUGUUUUGUGUUUUUUUCUAGACACUGAUAUCCAAAUAUGUCGUACCGAAAGCCUGGAUCCAGUCUCAUCUACGUAGCCAUUCUGAUAUUUACAGUGUCACUUACCUGCCCCAUAAAGGUACAAGCCUCCUAAUAGGAGAAUCUUCUCACAUAUUGCCUCUUAGAUCCCAUCUUUGCCAACUUCCUUGGGUUUAUCGACUUUAUCAUCUGGGGAGAAGGUAUCCAUCAGUAUAAGCCAUCUCAGCCAAUGUGGUUUAUUUAUUUACUGCUUUCAGUCUUUGGUAUGGGGUGUCUUUCAGUACUUUUCUCAUGGACAUUAAUUUGAGUAUUUGUUAUUAGUUGCCGAUAUAUAUAGGACAAGGGGUGGCUUCCUAUGUUUUUAGGUAAGAAUGUAAAACAUAACUAUAUUACAGUUAUAACCUAGAUCUUCAUAUUAAGAAUAGCUAAAAGAUUUCCCCUCCAACACUGUGAACUCCUCAUAGAAGAGCUUUGUCUAUUGCUCACAUUCACAGUAAUAGCAGCCCAGACAUUACAGGUCUGUGAGGGGAUCCCCGACCUGUGUCACCAGUUAAUCUGCUUCUCAAUAGAGAGGCCAGAAAUUAGCAACUAAAAUUCUGAUUAAAGCAAACUCUUGUUUCAGCUACUAAUACUCGGCAAUUAGCAACUAGUGUCAGGAAACCAGACAACUGAUUGCUAAAGACGUGGAGUCCAUGUGGAGGGUUUAACUACGAUGACUUGAAUUGUUGGCUAAAUCAAUGCUGAACUCAGCAGAAACUCAAACAUCUCUGAAAUAAUCUGGCACUUCACUCACUUGGAAGAACUAGGCCCCUUCUUUGUAUAGAUUUGUAAAUAGUGAACUAGCCAUUCUAGGGUUCUGGCUAACCACCCGAGUUAGAAUCUAGAUCAGUUAUUUAUUUACUAAACUAAGAAUUUUAGAUUAAUAUAUCUGAAUUGGAAGUGUAGAUGAGUUAGAGAAUUUUUCAAUUCAGUUAUUCUGACCCUAAGUUUGGAAUUCACUUUGCAUACUGUUUGUAUUCCAGACAAUACUCACUUUAGUGAAUAACCGUACUUGGCUUGUGAGCUGAUGAAAUAUUCUGCAUAUAUAUUCUGAAUUAAACAUUUUAACCAAUUGUAUUUGAAUACCCUGCAGGUGGAUAG